AUGUUACCAAGUUUAUGGAAUCAGAGUGGACAUUCCUCUAUGCUUCACAGGCUUUUGGGUAGUAAUGGCAACAUGCAGAUUUCCACCAACAAAAAAUUAUCGCCAGAAACAAGAAAAGCGCAGCAGAGGGUUUUAGACUCGAUGCUUGAUCCUUGUUCCGUUGAAGGAAUGGCAGCGAUGACAGUUCAAGAGCCAUGCAGGUCAUCAUGUUUCGCCAAUCUUCAGAAACUUCGGGCUGAAUUAUCUAAUGAGCCCGCGGUUGCAGCCACAAAUAAUUUUGGUAAGACAAAUAAAAUUAUUAAUGUUAGGCCAACAGAAACUGUUACGGAACAACGGAAAGAUAACAUCAACACACCAGAACAAGAGAAGGAUAGCCGCCCGCUAAAAUCUCUUCAUUGGAAGGCACUUACUAGGUCCACAACAGAAUACAAAAAACAACACAAGUGCGAAGGAAAUUCUUGGACCUGUGAGAAAUGUAGGCGUGUCAACGAAAUAAAGAAGGCCACCGAAAGGUUUGAAGCAAAAAGAGCCGCUAAACAAAUACUGCAAGAAAACAGAAGCAACAUAAAGGUCCGCAAAGACGCGGAAAGUGACGAAGCUGCAGACAGAGAGCAGAAAAUCAAACGAGAAGAGCGAUUUUGCAGAAUGUCUGCGCCUAAUGCGCGAACCGUUGCUCAAAGGUCAAAAACCGCUCCGGUCGAGGGCGUUAGCUUCCUUCCGGUUGGUGGAAGCUUAAAAUGGGCCCAGCCUGUCCUUAGCGAGAUGCCGAAGGGUGUGCUUACAGGACGCCCUAUAGACAACGACAGCCACACCGAAACUACGGUUGAUGAGGAUAUCAAGUUAGAACGGGAUGAGCCAGGUGUUCCAAGCUGCAUGGCUGAACUGAAGUUUUCGCGGGAUUAUUUGGAUGACGAACCUGAUUUUGAAUCCGAGAAAAUAGAGACGUGGCAACUCGCCCCUAGAUCCCGAGCAAAUGUCGUGUUUAUCCCGCCUUGCUGGUGUGAAGAGAUGUAUGAGGCAAGCGGACCCCCUGAACCAAGAAUUCGAAUAAUCGAUACAAGUGAUGGCGAUAACGAUGCUUUUUCAAACACUACUGAGGGUAGAGGUAUUGCGUCGCUUCGCAAGCUUCUCUCAGGCAAAAGUCAAGCUACAGAAGUCUUACAGCUCCGAACCACUGGGGAUAAGGAAAGCUGGAGCGAUGUUGUCAUAACUUUAAAACAGUUGGACGAAACGGAUAGAGUAAGGUUUGAAUGCGACUCUGGGGAAAAAUUUCAUUUUGAGGAA